CAUGCAUAUAAAUAAACCCAGUAGUCUCGAUCUCAGCAGCAGAAAAAUCUGACACUUUGCCACAGAUGGUAAAAAUGCUCUGAUCAGAUCAAGACCUGCUUUCUGGGUUUUGCCCAAUGCCACACUCCAACCCUCAAAUCACUUAAAAUAAUAUGUAUGAUUAUAAAUAUAUUAUUUUUCUUUCAUCUUUCUAGUUCUGUUUUCUCAGUGUCUCCUCCUAUCUGUGGGCUUUACUUUUGGUGCUUUGUGAUUAGAAACCAACCUCACACUGACCCAUUUUCAGGUAAGUUUAGAAAUUAGUGUGGACUAUAACUGAGAUUCUCAUCAAAACCCAUCAUUUUCUCUUGAUUUUCCACACCAGUGACCAGUCCCUUCCCUUCCCUUCCCACAAUCACAAAGGUUAAGGGAAAAAAAAAAAAAACUCACUUCCUUGUCGUUUUCUGAUCCCCUGUGGUUUUCAGCAGCAGUGUACCGGGACCUUGAAAUCUGUGAUCUUGUUUGGAGGUAUUAAUAAUAAGAGGGCCAAGCAGGAGAAAGGGUUUCCACAGCUUCUGCUUUGUCCUGGUUGGUUUUCAAAAACCCCUGCUUCUUUUGUGAACCAGGGUUUUAUUGAAUAUUGAUGCAAAAGCAAGAGCAAAGCAACUGAAGAGCAAUGGCAGAUUGGAAUGGUAUGGUGAGCAAAAGCAAUGAUUUUGGUGUUGGGGGUUCAAGUGAAGAGUUUGAAGAAGAAGAAGUGUGGGGUGUUGUGAAGGAAAGAAACUACUCCAACUCUACGCAGGAGUCUUACUCUUCUGGUUCUUCUUCUGCAUGGCGCCUCUCUACAGCUGCAAGAACCAUCCCAAGGGCUAAUAACAACACUCCAAGUACCCAUGAAGCCAAAGUGGUUCAGAAAUCAGCUCCUCUCAACAUCCCUGAUUGGUCAAAGAUCUAUGGGAAAAGUUCUGGUGCUGCCAAGAUUAAUGGUUCAUGGGUCAAUAAUGAAGAUGAUCAUGAUGGACAUGUCAAUGUCAAUGGUGAUGAUGAUGAUGAUGAAAAUGAUGAUGAUGAUGAUAUGGUGCCUCCACAUGAAUGGAUGGCCAGAAAGCUAGCAAGAAGCCAGGUUUCAUCUUUCUCAGUUUGUGAAGGGAUUGGUAGGACACUCAAAGGAAGAGACCUCAGCAAAGUAAGGAAUGCUAUUUUGACAAAAACUGGUUUCUUAGAGUAAUGUCAUGCAAUUCCUUCACCUAAAUCAUUGUUAGGCUCAUGGUUAUUAUUGGGUUCCAUGUAACCUUUCUUUAUUUUGUUUUGGGUUUUGCUUAAUUAGCAAAUAUAGUAUGUAGGGGUGACUGGAUAGAGAGAGUCCCCAAAAGAAGUCAGAGGUGCCUUUCUGUGGUGUGCUUUUCUAGAAGAAAGGUCUAAAAACAAUUGGCAGCCUCUGAGAUUUUGUAUGCUAGUCAAGUAAGAUCUGUAUUGUGUUUAAUUUAGGUGGGUAUAAUAUGAAAUUAUGAAGAUGAAUUAGCAAAUCUCGCUAUGCCUUGU